GGCGAUGUAUGACUGUUGCAGGCCGCUGAAGAAGUCUUUGAUAUGUUUAACGGAAGUCUUUGGUAUGUUUUAUUUCUCACUCACGAUAAUGAGAGUGUAGUCGGAUAUGUUGUUAGAGUCUAGUUUUGGCACAACAUGGCAGGCAGUAUAAAAGAUAAAGAAGCUUUUCAGAGACUCAACUUCCUCUAUCAAGCUGCACAUUGCGUAUUGGCGCAAAACCCCGAAAACAUUGAAUUGGCACGGUUUUACUGCUUUACACAAAAGACGAUCGCCAAACGCCUGGUCCUGAGGCAAGACCCCUCGGUGAAAAGAACUAUAUGCAAGAAAUGCUGCUCCUUACUGAUACCUGGGGUUACAUCAACAGUUAGACAAAGAAGAGGUUCUCGACGGCAGCGUGUAACAGUUGUACGAUGUCUUAGCUGUGGGUUCACCAAAACCUUUCAAAACAAUCCAAAGUAUCAUCUGUGGGUGGAUCAACCAGAGGCUCAGUUAGAGAACCUUCCUCAGCCAGGUACCGAUGGUGUUUCAGAUGUCAACCCAUCUUCCAAAGCCUUGGCCCUGGUGGAUAAGUCUGAUCAGCCCAGUAUGACUACUUCAACACACAACCCAGAAUCUCUGAAGUCUAAAUCCUGAAGCCAUGGCUGACUGCUCUUUUACUAGGGCCUGCAGUUAGUUGAACCAUAUUUAAAAAGUAUAUGCUGCUAACACAUGAUUACAUGUUUAUCUCACACUGCAACAAACACUGCAAACAGAAGUGGAAGAGACAGUACAAUUAACUAAGGUAAAUACCAGCAUGUGUUUGAACCCAAAAAAGCUAAUUUGUCAUAUGUUGUAUGAGGUACCUCUGAAACUGCACAUGGUGUAUUGUUAUAAUAGGAUUUAUGUGACUGGUUCAUUGUUUGAGUGUUUGCACAUUUUGAGAUUAAGAAUAGAAAAAUAUAGGCCAGAAGUGACCCAAAGUAACAAUCCAUCAUUUUAUUUAAUUUUUUGUGACUGGAUAAUGGUUUGCAAUAAAACAUAGUUAAGAACA